CUUGUCUUGAAAUAAAAGAUCAUUCUUAUACUCUUAAAAAGCAAUUUACUAAUACUAAAAAAUGUUGUAAAGAUCAUUUUAAAAAAUAUAAAUUUUUUCAACAAAAAUAUGGAAUGAAUGAAGCACAAACUAUUAUAGAUGAUACAAAUAGUAAAGCAACUAUGCAAAAGUAUCAAAGAAAAAGAUUCCAUACAUAUAAAGAUGAUAAUAAUAGAUUAUCAAGUUAUGCAUCAAGUUCAGUAUCUAUUCAAGCAAUUGACAUUAGUAGUAAAAGAGCAUGUACAGAAGAAGUAAAAAAUAAAAUUAAUGAAAUUACAAAAAGUAUAAUAAAUAAAGAAAUAAAAGUAGUAGCAAUUGUAACUAAUAGUCAUUCAUCAUAUACUGUAGCAAGAAAACAGCUUCAAGUUGAAAACUCACAAAUUACAUAUUUACUAUAUUUUGUAUAUCAAACUAAUUUAUAUAUUGGUAAAAUUUUUAAAGAAUCAAAUAUAUUUAAAACUACUACAUUAGAAGCUACAUAUAUUGCAGUAUAUCUUAAAAGUAAACAACAUACACUUAUAGCACAAUAUAAACCUCAAACUAAUGAAAAAAUUGAAAUUAAAAAUGACUUGUUUGAACAAGAUGUAUUUGGCUAUUGGAAUUGGUGCUUAGAAAGUAUAAAAGAAUUAGAAUUUGUAGCAAGUCAAAUAAUAAGUAUUUGUAUAAAUGCUGCAUUAGUUGAAAGAACUAGAGAAUUGACAAAUAUUAUUGAACAAGAACAAGAAACUAAUAGUAAAAAUAAAUUUCAAUAUUCUGCAGAUCUAACUAAAAAUAAUUUAGAAAAAAUAACUAAUUCAUUACUUAAUGCUGAAUUAUUAUCUGAUAUUCUUUUAGAUCAUAAACAUCCUCAAAGAGAUAAAUAUGCAAAAUAG